AUGGAAAACGCCAACGGAUUUGGGAUCGACUCGCUCCUGUCCCAUCGAUCCGGGAGCCCAGCUGUGCCCAAAGGGGAUUCCCUUCUGGGCGAAAGCAGGUCGCCCCUGGAACUCAGCCCUCGCUCGGAGCUCAGCAGCGGCUGCCUGUCCCCCCCGUCGCCCCGGAGGGACUGCUUAGAGGCGGCGGCUCAGAGACCCGGCGGGGUGGGGAGACUGGACUCUCACCUGCCGGGGCCGCCGAUUUCGGCCUCUGCUCAGUCCAGAACGGUGACCUCGUCCUUCCUCAUCAGGGACAUUUUGGCGGACUGCAAACCCCUGGCCGCGUGCGCUCCUUAUUCCAGCAGCAACGGGCAGGGUGGUCCGGAGGCGCCCAUGCCAAUCCCGGCCAAGGCGGGCGAGGACUUUCGAGAGAAGAUUGAAAAGGCCACCAGCAACCCCUCCUUGGAUUCAGAAUACAAAGUGAAAGAAGAAGGAGACCGGGAGAUCUCCAGCUCCCGAGAGAGCCCGCCGGUGCGGCUCAAGAAGCCCCGGAAGGCGCGCACCGCCUUCACCGAUCACCAGCUGGCGCAGCUGGAGCGCAGCUUCGAGAGGCAGAAGUAUCUGAGUGUCCAGGACAGGAUGGAGCUGGCCGCCUCGCUGAACCUCACCGACACUCAAGUCAAAACCUGGUACCAGAACAGAAGGACCAAAUGGAAGAGGCAGACGGCGGUGGGGCUGGAGCUGCUGGCCGAGGCGGGGAAUUACUCGGCUCUGCAACGGAUGUUCCCUUCGCCCUACUUCUACCCGCAAAGUCUGGUCUCCAACCUGGACCCCGGAGCCACGCUGUACCUUUACCGGGGACCCAGCGCGCCGCCCCCGGCGCUCCAGCGGCCUCUGGUGCCUCGGAUCCUCAUCCACGGACUGCAGGGGGGCAGUGAGCCCCCACCCCCUUUGCCCCCGCUGGCCGGCGUCCUUCCCAGAGCUGCUCAGCCGCGGUGA